GUUUGUUUUAUAUGUUUAUUUCAUCAAAAUUCUUUACUGUAUUAAAAUAUGAUCGAGAGUAAUGAUUCUCAGGAUGCACAUACAGUUAAUGAAAACUUUGCACAGAUAUUAAGAGAAAUGUGUACAGAUGCCAAAGAAUUAUACGAAUGUAAUCAGAAAAGAAAGCGUGAAACGGAGACCUUGAAAAAGGUUUACACAAAACGAAUUAAAUUUUAUACAUGUACAGAUUUUGAACCAAAAUUAGGAGUUCAUGUUCAAGAAUUAACAACGACUGCAGAGAAUAUAGAAUCAAAAAUUCGAUCUUAUGAAAGAUUAUUGAUUGAAAAGGCAUUAAAGCACAUUAUGCCAUUAUAUGAUACAAAGGAUAUUUUAACACUUCCUACGAAAGAAGAUAUGGAAUCAAGACUAAAAAUAAGCUUAUUCGAGCUUCAAAUUGAAAAUUUGGUCGAGAAACUAACACCCUUAUUCAGCAGUAAAUUAGAUGCCUCUGAAAAGAGCGAUUUCGAAAAUAAUCUUGAAGAAGCAAAAAAAUAUUUACUAAAAUAUUUUGAGGAAACAGAGAAUGAAAGCAAAGAAAAAUUCAAGGAGUUGGAAAACUUAAUGAACGAUUUAAAUAAACAAAUAGAAGACCUUGUAUCAGAAGACAGCAUGAAUCAAUUAGUAGAAAGUACGGCAAGAGAGAUGCUUGGGUUACCUUCAUUAAAAGAAAUAGAAAAAGAAUAUCAAAAAUUUGAUAUCAAACGAUUAGAAAAAGAUGCAUUGCAUGACCUUUUAGGCAAGCAACUCAUCUAUCAAAUCACAAAUAAAAUGUUUUCAAAAGAUAUUAUAUACCCUACUACAACAGAUAAUAAAUCCCUUCAGGCAAAGAAUUUAGCAAAAAUCAGGAAGAAUCAUCAUGAAAGAAAUAAAGUAAAAGCAUCAAUCAUAAAGAUAGAUAAGAUGGAAAAGGAAACGAAUGAUGUCCUGACAAGCUUUGAAAAGAACUUAAAUGCAGAUUCUAUUCAGUAUUUAUUUAAGAAUUUAGAUCAUAUUAACAAUAUUACAAACAAUCAUCAAGAAGUUCUAGAGUAUAUAAAUGCACCUAAUGGGGAAACUAGUAUAGAACAUACUUGUUUGCCAGAUAAGGUGAAAGACUAUCUACCGCCUUCUAUCAACCUGUAUAAAAGAGAUUAUCGUUUAAGCGAGAGUUUAGCAAGAACAAUAGCCCAGUAUACAGAUCUUUAUUAUUUCGCUGACUUGAGAAGACGUAUUGACACCUUGGAGAAAAAGAUUUAAUUAACGUUUAAAUCAUUAUAUUUGGCUUAUUAUAAAUAUUAACUCAUUUAUGUAUCAGUAUAUUGUACAGCUUAUACAUGUAAUAAAAAUGUAAUCAGCAUAUAUACAUACACUUAUAUUACGUAAUAUAUGCAUUUUACUUGAAC